AUGAUGAACCCAUUUAGAAUAUUAGGUGAUUUAUCUCACUUAGCAAGCAUAUUGGUUUUAAUAUUUAAUAUUAAAAGUACAAACACCAUUGAAGGUAUUUCAAUCAAAACUCAAGUAUUGUAUGUUUUGGUUUUCCUAACUCGUUAUUUGGAUUUGUUCAGUUUCCGUCUGGUGUCAUUUUACAACACUAUCAUGAAGCUGUUUUUCAUUAGUUCUUCCAUUUAUGUCGUUGUAUUAUUACAACGUUCCAAGACCACUCAAGCUGUUGCAUAUAAGACAAUGCUUCUAACUGACACAUUUAAAGUACAAUACAUUUUACUAGGUACUUUGAUCGCAGCUUUUGUAAUUAAUCAUAAAUUUACAUUUGUUGAAAUUGCAUGGAGUUUCUCAGUUUGGUUAGAAUCUGUAGCUAUCUUACCACAACUGUUCAUGUUAUCAAAGAGUGGAAAGUCUAAGAGUUUGACCGUCCAUUACAUAUUUGCGUUGGGUCUUUACAGAACAUUAUAUAUUCCAAACUGGAUUUGGAGAUACCACACUGAAGGUGUCAUUGACAAAAUUGCCUUAGCUGCUGGUAUCAUCCAAACUCUAGUCUACUCAGAUUUCUUUUACCUUUACUAUAAAAAAGUUAUCAAGAGAAGCGCUUUGAAUUUACCAAAUUAA